AUGGAAGUAGUGGUCUGUUUGGUGCUGCUAUUCAUAGGAGUUGGAGUUUUCACUUUCAUACAUGUUUGUAUAGUUGGGAGGGCAUUUGGGAGCAUAAGUGGAGAAAGUUUUAACCCAAGGGAUAUGAAUAAUACAGGUAGAAGAAGAAGUUCAAGCAUGUCCCAAGAGGAUAUAAAGAAAUUGCCUUGUUUUGAGUACAAAUUGGAAGAUGAAGAAGAAAGUGGCACAGGUGCUAUUAUUUGUGCAGUUUGCUUAGAGAACUUGAAGAAUGGGGACAAGUGUAGGGUGUUGCCAAAAUGCAAACAUUGCUUCCAUGCUCAGUGCAUUGAACCAUGGCUCAUCACUUCAGGUGCUUGCCCUAUUUGCAGAGCUGCUACCAAGACUCCACCCUUUACAACUAGUAGUAUUGGGGAGGAAAGUAGCAAUAAUAAUUCAAAUCAAAUUGUGAUUGAGUUGACAUAA